AUGGAAGCUUUGAGGGGGGUUUUGACGGAGGAAGAAAUAGAGGCUAUCAAAGAGGUUCCAGUGAUGGAAAGUGCACAAUGUGAUGUUUUAUCAUGGAACCAUUCAAAGAGUGGAGAGUUUACAGCGGCAGGAACACGAGAAGAGCCUAGUGUGGUGAAUUUGGGUGGGGCGAAUACGGUCUGGAAGCCACCAAACCGAGGGUGGUGGAAGGUCAACACAGACGCAGCAAUAGCGAGUGGAAGGGUGGGAUUGGGGAUGAUAGUAAGUGAUUGUGAAGGGGAUGUUGUCAUGUCAGGGGGGAGUGCAUUGGAACUGAUAAUACCAGCAAAACAAGCGGAGGCAAGAGCAUCCCUCUUUGGCCUACGGUACGCGUAUGAUGCAGGGUAUAGGAAAGUGGUGCUCGAGUCAGACUGCAGUACUCUGGUGGAGCUACUCAAGGGGAAUUCGCAGGAGCUAUCUGCUACUCAGAUGAUAGUGAAAGACAUUCUUAGUUUAGCUAAUCUUUUUGAAGCCUGUACUUUUAACUUUGCCAAACGUUUAUGUAAAAGGGCAGCUCAUGCCAUAGCCAAAGCUUCACUCACCUUUGUGGAGACCUUAGUGUGGAUGGAUGAAUGCCCACCUGAUGUUAUCCCCAUUGUCCUUGAGGACAAGGCUUUGAUUGAAUGA